AUGGGAAAUGGUUGCACUACAGAAAAUAUAAUCAUCAUUGUUGUACAAAUAUCCGUAUUUUACAUUUGGAGUCAAACGGGGCGAAAACUUUAUUCAGAUUUAGGCAAUUCUGAAUUAGCCAGUCCCCCAAA